AUGCAGCUCCUGGCAACAUUGGCGAGCUUCGUUGCUCUUGCAACCAUUGGCAGCUGCCAGCUCACCCAAGUCAGCGAUUUCUCUGCUGGCCCGACGAGGCUUGGCUUCUAUGUCCAUGUACCAAAGACUCUCAAGACCCCGGCGCCCAUCAUAGUGGCAGUACAUCACUGCCAAGGAUCGGCGCAGCAGUACUCGCAGGAGACGAAGUACAUGUCCUUGUCUGAUCAACAUGGCUAUAUCGUCAUCUUCCCCAACUCUAAAUCCGGUGGUGGCUGCUUCGAUGUUGCUUCGACAGCUACUCUGACCCACAAUGGUGGUGGCGACAGCCAGACCAUCGUCAACAUGGUCAAAUAUGCCGUGGACAAGUACGGCGGGGACCCAGACAGGGUGUUCACUGUCGGAACCAGCUCUGGCGCCAUGAUGACGAACGUGCUUAUUGGGGCCUACCCCGAUGUGUUCAAGGCAGGAUCCGUCUACUCCGGUGUGCCCGACGGAUGCUUCUACGUCGCGGGAGCCACUGCCACCGCAGACCCCCCUGGCUGGAACAACGACUGUGCAAAUGGCCAAGUCAGCAAGACGGCACAGCAAUGGGGUGACCUGGUCCGGUCGUACUACCCAACCUUCAACGGUACUCGGCCCAGGAUGCAAAUUUGGCACGGAACCGCCGAUACCACCCUUCAUUAUCCCAAUUAUCAAGAGCAACUGAAGGAGUGGUCCAACGUUCUGGGGCUUACAACAUCGAAGACCGCCGCCAACAACCCCCAGAGUGGAUACACACAGACUCUCUACGGAGAUGGCACCGCAGCGACGGCCGAGCUUGUGGGAUACAGUGCUCAGGGAGUUGGCCAUACCGUGCCGGAGCAUGAGACCAUGGAUCUCGCAUUCUUCGGUAUCGCUUAGUGGCGGAAAAUACUGGGCGAGGUUUGGAAUAUGUAGCAACGGGUGUGGCCCUGCCGUUUGAGGGCUUUAGAUCUUCUGCUAAGACAUUGAAUACAACUCCUACAUGAGA